AUGCUUCCCGCCGACUCGGCACAUCCGCUAGACGAGCACGGUCAAGAUGCAGCGGCCAGAGUGAUUCAAAAGACCUUCCGAGGCUACCGUGCCCGGAGAGAAAUGGACGGCUUUAGCAUCAAUCCCAGUACGCGCUGGGCCGCCGCCGUCCGUGACGCUCAGUUUCGUGAGACAAACCGUCCACGGCCGCGCCCUGUCUCACAAGCCGCGACCGUCGCCAGAGAAACACUACCUCCUGCGGCCGGCGCUCGCCAGAAUUGGAGAAAGGUAGGCAUGGUGGCCUUUCGGGCUGGCCAUGACGCCUCGGACAGUGAAUCGGACUCGGACUCGGAAAGCACGAACGGGACCACUCCGGAAGACAAAGCCGCCAAGAGACAGAAGCGCCAGGCCGAUAACGCGAAGCGCCGAACGGAAGCUCUCACCAUGGGGCUGCAGUAUUUUCUGGAAUUGAUUGAUGUUAAGCAUCGCUACGGGGCUAAUUUGAAAGUAUACCACGAGGAGUGGAAGAAAUCUGAAGCCCAGGAGAAUUUCUUCUACUGGCUCGACUACGGCGCGGGUCACGAACUGAAUAUGGAGGCCUGCCCUCGUGAGCAGCUAGAGCGCGAACGGGUCCGAUACUUGUCACGGGAAGAGCGACAAUACUAUCUGGUCAAGAUCGAUACCGAGGGAAGACUGUGCUGGGCCAAGAAUGGCGCAAGGAUCGACACGACGGAGCUGUUCAAGGACAGUAUCCAUGGUAUUGUUCCAGCUGACGAUACUACACCAGCAUUCACGCCAUCCGCCAAGCACUUGACAGACAACUCUGAUUCCGACUCAGAUUCUUCUCUUGAAUCGAGGCGAGAAGCUGAGCGUGCCGCCAAAUAUGCCACCCCAGAGUUUGACAAUGCCUCCGGUGUCAAAAAAAUACACCACCUGUCAACAUCUACCAUCAUCAACAAGCUGCUGCGCAAGACUAUCAGCAAGAAUUGCUGGAUAUUCGUCGCCGAUACCAAUUUCCGACUCUACGUCGGCCUCAAGGACUCCGGCGCCUUUCAGCACUCGUCCUUUCUGCAAGGCGGCCGCAUAUCCGCAGCUGGCCUCAUCAAGAUCAAAAACGGGCGCCUGCAGUCACUAUCUCCUCUGAGCGGCCACUACCGGCCACCGUCUUCCAAUUUUCGAGCUUUUUUGCACAGUUUGAAGGCGGAGGGCGUUGAUACGAGCCACCUGACGAUUUCCAAGUCAUAUGCGGUGCUGCUCGGGUUGGAGACGUAUAUCAAGACGACGAAGAUGAGCAAGAGCUUUGUGGAUAAGCUGCUACAGAAAAAGCCAAAGGAAUCAGAUGCCAGGUUGGCGCAGAAGGCGAUGAAGAAGCUUGACAUCAAGGGAGGUGAAUAA